AUGUUUCCUUUUCUGGCUUUUAUGGCGACUGCAACACUGUCACCCCUGGCCAGCUCUGUAGAGAAGACAAAUGGAAACAAGCUAAGCAGGCUUCUCAUCGAUGGCGGAACAACAGUGCUGAAGAAUAUUUUCGAUUCCCAUCACCCUCCUGCCAACUUGGCCGCUAAUCUUAGUUCCAAACAUAUUCAUUCCAUUCUUACUAAACUUCGGAAAAGAAACAUUCUGAAUGGUAGUCAAUGGGACAAACUGUUCCCACCACCAGGUGGAGGGACACCAAACUCUAUUAACUUUGAUAUCACUCUUCUGUUCCUCUUGCUAACUAACAUUUGCUGCCUAUCCCCUCCCCCCUCGGGCUCUUGGCACAAAAUGCCUCCCGUGAGUGACACCUCUACAGAGGCUAACCUUGCUCGCGUCAAGUACUAUCGAAACGUUCUCUAUGGUCAUGUGACAACAACUGGCAUUCAAACAUCAGUGUUCGAUGUGAAAUGGCGGGAAAUAAGUUCCGUUCUUGUUUCGCUUGGGUUUAGUCAGUGUGAGGUGGACAGGUUAAAGGGAGAGCCUUGUGGAGAGGACUAUGUCGGCGCCGUUACUGAAUGGAUGAAAGAUGACGAGGAGAUCCAAUUCCAGCUGAAAGAUCUACGUACAAAACAGCAGCAAGUGCUCCGAACCCAACAGGAAGAUCACAGAGCUCUUCACGAUACGCAUCAAAUAGUUGGAAAAGUGCAACAGACGCAAAUAGAAGCCAGUAAAUUACAACAGAAGGACCACAAAACUCUUCAAGAUACAUACCAAACCGUUAACAAAAUAGAACAGAUUCAAUUUGGGAAAAGCAAAUUGCAACAAGUGGACCACAGAACUCUUCAAGGUACACACCAAACGGUUGGCAGAGUGGAACAGACGCUUCAAGAUACACACCAGGCAGUUUGUAAUUUACAGCAGAUGCAAACAGAGGCAGUGAAAUUGCAACAGGAGGACCACAGAAUUCUUCAGGACACGCGCCAAGCAGUUGAAGGUGUAGAGCGGUCUAUGCAGAUGUUACAGGAAGUUCGGACAACCCAACAAGAAUCGCAGCAGCAGAUAAAGCGUGAGGCUGCAAAUGCUGAAGAAAGAGGCGAUAAAGCUGAAGAGGAUGAAGCUCUGAGAAAAUUAGCAAAAGUUAGCACCGAGAGCGUCAUCCAGUAUCACUCUGGGAAAUACCUGGAGGAAACGCGCCUGCUCAUCUUUGAGAAGAUCAGGUUGUGGCUAGACGACCUUACAUCUGAAAAUCGUGUGAUAGUAAUCAGUGGAGAUGCGGGAAUGGGCAAAUCAGUGAUCGCCGCUGUCGUUUGUCAGAGAAUGCAACACGCUGGUUGGCUCUCAGGAAGUCACUUUUGUCAGCACAACAAGGAACGUUACAGAAACCCGAAGGUGAUGCUGCAGUCGUUAGCUUGUCAGUUGUCUGAUGUUUUACCAGAAUACAAAAGUGAACUUGUGAAGAAACUUUCUAGAAACUUGGGUGUUGACAUGAACAGCCUAGAAGUUCAGGAAUUGUUCGAAUUUCUUUUCGAAGAGCCUUUAUGCAGCGUAGGAGACCCUGGGAGAAAUUUGCUGUUAGUUAUUGAUGGCCUGGAUGAAAGUGAAUACAAAGGCCGCAAUGAUCUGCUUGAUGUCGUAGCUAAUUAUUUUUGUAAACUUCCUGUUUGGUUCCGGUUUCUUGUUACCACUCGACCUGAAGUAAAUAUUGCAGAUCGUCUUAAAAAGUUUAAUCCUAUUCAGCUGGCGCAAGAUAACGAAGAAAACGUGAAAGACGUCAGACUCUUCCUUAAAAAACAGUUGAGCAGCGUUAUUCAAUCGGACUCUGAAGAUGUUGUUAUCGAUGCACUGGUCCGAAAGGCUGCAGGGCAUUUUUUAUAUGCUUAUUUGAUGGUCGAUUUUAUCAAGGAAAACGUUUCACUUCUCACUCCCGAAGAGUUAGGAAGAACCUUACCUUCAGGUGUAUCGUCUGUUUAUCAGUCCUACUUUGAACGUUUAGAGAGAGAAUUGGAAAUUGGUGAGGACCAGUUUUUAACUUUUCUAAGUGCUAUGGCGGCUGCAAGAGAACCGCUGCCUCGAGACUUUGUUUCUAAGAUGUUGCUUUCGGACUCAAAGUCACCAUCUGGUCCUCGGAAAGUAACAAAAGCUAUCGGCUCUAUCUCAGCCCUUCUACCUGUUCAUGAUGACUGUAUUGUGUUCUUUCACAAAUCAGUUAAGGACUGGUUGACAGACAGAACAACCUACGGGCAACACACCUUCUCUGUGGAUGAAAAGCAAGGUCAUGUCAUGCUCUCUCAGCUCUGUACUAAUGAACUGAAUAACGUGAAAAGAAAAGGCGUUCACGGAACAGAAUUCAGUGACACUACAAGGUACGCCCUACAGCAUGGUGUUUAUCAUAUGCUUGAGUCUGGAGACCUGGAACAGAGUACAAGAAGCUUUGAAGAAAUGGUUAACAACUAUGUCACCGACUUAGACAUUGUGUAUGCAAAGCUUUGUGUAAACAACACGGCAAGUUCUGAAGACAUUAUCCUUACUCAGAAACAAGAAGCUUAUCAGUUAUUGAGUAGUGAGAGCCGAAAAGCCCUUGGCACGUUGUUGUCUCUCUUACGAAAGUACCAUGGAAGACUUUCCACGCAUCGUAGUUUAAUAUUUCAAGUGAUAGUGAACGAGGGAGGGGACAUUUUGGCUGGUGAAGCGACGAAAAUUUUACAGAGUUGUGAAAUACCAUACAUGGAAUACUUGCAGAAGGAAGCUUUGAAGGAGUUGAAUAAGAUUCAGGCUGAGUUUCCCUGUAACUCCACGGUCGUUUGUUUUGAUAUUUCACCGAAGCUGGAGUUCAUGGUUUGCGAAUGUACUGAUGGGAUGAUUUACCUUUGGUCACUCAAAACGAGUGAGCAAAGGUGGAUACGGCCGGUUGAGGUCAAGAAAUUCUACCGUGAACCUUCUCUCGCCUUUAGAGUGGUCCCAAACUCAAAUGUAUACUCAUGUUAUCGCUCUGUUGUUUUUCACCCUACUGAGCCUGUUGUUCUUCCUGGAAUCCUUAGCCAUGCAUACUCGUUUGAAGGAAACCUCCAACCUUUGUUUCCUGGAAGCAACUGCAGAUUUUCUGUUUGUUCAGUUCAUGGGGACGAGAGCAAAAUUAUCACCGAUUUACCUGGCAAUGCUAAAUGCCUUGUCAUGUGGAAUCUAAAAAAUGGUGAAGAGAUCACUCGAACCAUCAGAAAUGAAGAUGUUUUGUCUUUUGCUUGGUCUCCAGAUGGAACGCUUCUGGCAAUUUCCCAUUUUUCGGGACUGGUAUGUUUGGUUGACGCAUUGAACUGCUUAGACACCACUCUCGCAGAAGUCGCCACCAAUCAACCUUGUGGAAUGAUAAAGUUUAUCCCUGACAUUCAAUUCCUUUUUUGUUUGUCUUGGCCUAUUAAACGAAUUGCAGAGACACGCAACUAUAGAGCGCAUCCCUUUCGUUUUCCCUUAAACGUCAGUAAGUUGCCUUGUGGUACCUUUUCCUUGAACGUUUUAGACAAUGAGCUUGUUCAGGAUCCAUGGAAUUACGAAUCAUCUAGCAAAGGUGGAUUCUUGAUGGGAGAUCCUUUGUUUUACAGGGUUUCCUUGUCCGUUUCAUCUAACUCGUUGCCAUUUGCAUUUGUAUUAAACAAACAAAGUGUAUUAAGGGUAGUUCGUGGUAAGAGGAAAAUUACAAUGCUUAAACAUGAAGAUUAUCUGAGGGACACCUGGCGUCCUGAUCUCUUUUCUCGUCCUUGUGCCAUUGCCUUCGCUUUAGAUGGAAAGACCAUUUAUGGUACCACUGAAGGGUAUAGAGGCUUACAAGUGGUAUCUUUGGAUGUGUCGAGUGGACAUCGUAAAGCAGAGAAAGUGAUAGGAACACGUAAUGUUUUACUUGUACCUGUGUCAGAAGGUGUCCUUUUGAAACAACGUGAACCUAGGGCGGAUGUUCAGCUAUGGAAUUUUGAGUUGUCACAACAAAUCCGAAGUUGGCCUAAUUUAAGCGAGGUUAGGGAUAUAAUGCCAUUUUCAGACCACUGUGUAGCGUGUCUGGGGAGAGAUUUUGAAGUAAGCAUCCUGGACACAUCAAAUGGAAACAUAGUGAAGACCAUCCCACUUUGUCACGAGGGUUUCCAGUCAACAUAUUGUCGGAGGGAUAAAAACACCAUAGUAUGCAACAGUAAAUAUCAGCUGCUAUCCACCUCUCGUGGCUCAGUUCAGCUGUCAGAUGGCAAAAAUGAACUAUGGAAGAGAACUCUGAAAUUUCCACAUUUUUUUCCACUUGACCUACCUGGGAUGUUUUCUCCAACAGAGGAGUUUGUCCUUGUCUCGUCUAUAAACCCUAGGUCGAAGAAGUUAGAAGUACUUGUGCUUGAAGCAUCUUCAGGAAAGUAUAUCCAGACGCUAUGCACCGUUGACAGAAUUCGUGGCUGUGCCUUUGUGAGUAAGACGGAAUGUGUUAUCGUCUGCGGUAAUACUUCAGAGAGUUAUUAUUGUCUUCUGUUGUUCAAUGUUAGCACUGGGGAUUUCCUAACUGUACUUGAUAUAGAUUUUCUACCGUCCCGGCCUCUGGCUUCCUGUCCACAAAAGGGUUUGAUCGCUAUUGGCCUUGAGGACUCCGAACGUAUAGGCCCAGUUAUACAAGUAAAACUACCGCGAGACAAAGUAAACCGGGAAGCAAAAGGUAAGUAA